AUGAAACUGCUAGUAGUUCUAUGCGCUUUCGCAGCUGUAUGCGCUGGGAAUGCUAUUCUUCCGGUACCGAAGGAUAACAGCCACUAUGUAGAAGGAGUGAGCCGCUACAUCUGGAUGCCUGACGGAGAUGGUAACCUUCACCUAGUCGAUCUCGAGGAACCCGCGGAUGAAAACUUUCUUGUCACUAGAAAUGGCAACCGUAAUCAGUACUGGCUCUUCACCAGACAAAAUCGUAAUAGCCGGCAAGUACUCGUGAACGGUGAUGCGAAUUCAGUUCGCAAUUCCUUCUACUCAGGAAACAGACCUACAAAAGUCAUUGCUCAUGGGUGGAAUAGCAAUGGAAACUCUGAUUGGAUUCUUCAAAUGGUUGCCGCCUUUCUUGAUACCGCAGAUGUAAAUGUUAUUGUUCUUGAUUGGAGUUCUGCCGCUAGCGGUUUAUAUACGACUUCAGUAAGAGCAGUUCCUGAUGUUGGCAACCACCUUGCUACUUUCCUUCGAUUUCUGUUCAAUACUGCUGGUGGCAACUGGAACAACGUUCACUUAGUUGGUCACAGUUUGGGAGCUCACGUUAUGGGCAAUGCUGGUCGUGCGGCCCCAUCUCGUCCCGUGCGCGUUACUGGUUUGGACCCAGCUGGACCACAGUGGGGUGGUAAUUCUAAUGCCCUUAAUCGUAACUCUGCUACAUACGUUGAAUCUAUUCACACUGACGGUGGUGCUCUGGGUAUUAUGGAUCCAAUUUCUCAUGCUGACUUUUACCCUAAUGGUGGCCGAAAUCCCCAGCCUGGUUGUAGCAACAGUGUUUGCUCUCAUGGUCGCGCACAACCAUUGUUUUCUUCAACUGUCAGAAAUGACCACUUGAAUGGAAGGCGUUGUACAAAUCUAGACGAAGCUCGUAGGAAUCAAUGUACAGGUGCCUCUGUGAAAAUGGGUAACUCCAACUUAGGCAAAAGAGGGUAA